GCAGAAUAAGUGGAAGACUGGCGUAGAUACGUAAUUUUUAUUUAACAUGUAAAACGAUUGUUCUAAUGUCACUAUAUCUAUUAACUUGUAAAGCGAGUGCAUGCGUGAAAUGUGAAAGUUCGUUGACCACCUUGUUAUUGGAAUUGCAUUACGCGUCUACAGAGGGAAAAGAGUAUCUUAAUGCGAACCAAGUAACGUGCGAUAUUACGAUUCUCGAUGAUAUGCUAAACAUUAAAUCGAAUUACUGUAAUCCUAUCAGGGUAUUGUAUGUUGAAAACAUGAACGCGUUAGAACAAGAGAGAUGUUAUGAAAUGCAGAAGUCCUCGAGGAACCAAGGUUCAUCAGAAAAUGAUUGAUUAUCAUUGAACGAUCUAAUAAUUAAAAAAAGAUACUGGAAGAUUAAAUUAGAUUAUUCCGAGCUGUUUUGAAUAUAUUUAAUAAUAUUUAAGCAUCGAGCUUCUAUCUAGAAUCGUAAUUCGUUCUUCUCGUUUUGUGCAUUCGCGCAAUAUAUUUAUCAAGCGUUUAUUGUGCAUUUCAUUCACAUGAGGAAUUGCAAUUUCAAAUAUAGGAAACUCUGUAAUGAUCGAAGACGGCUACUACGUGUAGUAUGAUGUCUUAAACUUUUUUAUCCAAAUACUACCAAUAUAUCUUAUGAGUAAAAAUAAGAAGAAAAUGACAUAAUAAUAGUCAUAAUAAAUUGGUUUGAUAUUUGAUAGAAUGUUUAAAUGAGCAAUCAUUUCAACGAUAAACAAAGUAAACUAAUUUUUUAAUCUCAAAAAUUAACAGAUAGCACGCCAAUAGUUUUUACUUGUAAAGAUUGCAUUCACAAUGUAAUAAAUUCAAUUUGAAAAAUAGCUCAUCUAUUCGUUUUACUGAACUAAAAAUCAAUUCGUUGUUAUAUAAUUAAAUAUUGUUACUCGUAGAAUAUACUGGCACUACUUGGCGGAAGAAAUUUAGGACAUCCUGUAUAAUUUAGUAAUGUUAUUAUGUACAACAAUAUUGAGUAUAAUUUUUAUUGUUAUAAUUAAUUGCAUCAAUUGCGUGUCCAUUUGAAUAUAAAGCCAUAGUUUCGUGAUUGCGAGAGACAACACACUUUUCUGUCCUUAGUUAUAUUUCGUCAUGCUCAAGUCGCAUCGUUUUUGCACUAGUUUGAAGCGAGCUGGUAAUAUCGCUUCGGUGCGCACGGUCCAUGAAAUGAUGUGUACGUUUUAAACUGGAUCUAGAUUUUAUACACGUAUACGCUUGCGUAAAGAAGUCUCGAGUUAUACAAAGCGAAAAUAAAAUAGAAUAAAAAGAAGAAAAAAAAAUAAGGAAGUGCGUGUAAAGUAUAAAUGGGCGAGAAGAAAUAGUAAUAUUAUAACGUACUUAACAAUUUUUGUUUCAUGAUGUGUUGUAGCGUAAUACAAACGUGCACAUACGUAUUAAUAUAUAUAUAUAGAUAUAUUAUAUACACAGAAUUAUAUAUUAGAUAUAUCAAUAUACAUAUAUGUUAAGACUCGUUUCCAGCUGGUCUGAUCGGGUAUUACUUUAACAAUUUAAUUAAUUGCGUUAACCUGACAGCGAUGCGAUUGCGAGUAACACAUUGAAAAAGAUGCGUGCAAUCACAUAGUUCAAUUGUAUAGUGUAUUUACUUGUCGUUUCGAUAACAGAUUCGAUAAUCUGUAGUCCAUCGGCAAUGAAAGUAAAAUGGAGUACUGGUUGAUACUUCUAUUAUUUGAUUCAGAGAAAUUAUUAUAUGUGACAUGAUCGAAAAAUUGAUGCUAAAUUAUUAUCAUUUGUACAUUAAACGAUUAUCAAGGGGAUCGGCGUACAAAAUCUUUAUGUUAACUUUAAUUUAUCAUAUGUUUCAUAAAGUAUUGAUAUAUGAAAAAAUAUAAUCUUAAUCAACUAUUCUACCCGUUCAUUCAAAUGUUUAACCAAAAGACACACACAAACACUGGCACAUGCAAUUAAAUGCGUGAGUAACGUACCAAUUCACUAGUUAAAUCAACAUUAUCAUUUCCUGUUUGUUAUAUUUCCCUUUUUUUUUUUAACGUCAUCAAGCAGAGAACUUUAUACAUAUACAUACUCGAGUAAACAGUGAUACAUUCUUUUACAGUAUAACAUCACUGCCGGAUUAAGUAGUGGUGUGACCAUCUUUUCAAUAAAUGUAUCUAAUUUAACAUUGAACGGAUUUGAGUACAAAAGUAUUGUCUAAAUCAGUUGAUUUUUAAUUGUCUAUAUAAAUUUGUUACAAUUUGUCAUUUUUUAAAUAUCUUGUUCUUGAAUAUUCACUUGAUGCUCUGGUACAUUGCAGUGUUUCUGAACGUAAAAUUGAAUUUUACCUGGAUCAAAAUGCCAGGUAACUCUCUAGGACGUAGAUCAUCUACAAAUCCCGUAAGAAUAUGUUUGUCUGAUAGAGAAGACAAAAGUUUGUUACGAACAGAAUCCAGAAGAACGCAAACAUUAAAAUCCAGGAUUUCCUCAAACGAAUGUUCUCACAUACCAAGACCUCGAAUGAGAGCUUCUUCAUGUGAUAGAAUAAGUAUCAAAGGAUUAAAAUCAACAGGUAAAACUUCAAUUUGUCAUGCUCCAACAACUCCAAAAACACCAUUGACAAAUUCUAGUAAACCAAGUCUUAUAAUAGGAAGUUCAAAUAAAAUUCAUACAGGACAUUCCAAAGGACGUAGAUCUUUAUCAGCUGACAAUGCUAGCAAUAUAGCUGUUAAAGGUUCGAGAAAAGAUACAAGACCAUUAACAGACAAAGCAUAUCAGACUUAUAUGCUUAAUAAAAUUGAUAACUUUUUGGCAAUAAAUCAGUGUUCUUCUAUGCUUAAUAGCAAUGGAAGUUUAAAACCUGUUACUUUAAAAAUGUUUGUUGAAAUCUCAGCAUAUUUAGUAAAAAUGUUGGAUAUUAAACAAAUUUUUACAAUCACAAAUUAUGUAGAGGAACUGCCAAAAGUUGCAAAAAAACUCCACUAUCCAGGAAUUGUUAAUAAAUCAUGGUUAAAAACAGCUAAUGCUAUGCAUUCUUGGCCUAAUGUUUUAGGCUGGUUAUGUUGGCUAGUAGAAAUUUGUGAGAUCAGAGAACUGGCUUUUGAAAAGUAUAAUUUAGAUAAUUUACCAUUUGUGGGGAAUCAAGUAGAAGCUAAAAUUAAUAAAAAUGCUUUUUUCUCAAUGUUAAAUUUUUAUAACGCAUGGAAUGAUGAGAAACUGGAUGAAGAAGCAUUAAUGGUUGAAAAAUAUUUACAAGAAAUUGAAGAACAACAAGGUGUAAAUGAAGAAAACUUAAAAAUUGCACGUACUGAAUUAGAAGAAAAAUUGCUUAAAUUGAAAGCAGCUAAAGAAGAUUCAAAUAAAAUAGAUGAAGAAAUAAAACAUCUACAAGAAGUAUUUUUAUCUUUACAAAAUGAUGAAGAAAAGCAAUUGAGUGAUAUCAAUGCAAAAGAGGAAUAUAUAAAAACAAUUAAUUUUGAAACAGAUCAAAUAAAAGCAGAAUGCAAUAUAUUGUAUGAACAAAUUUGUUUACAAAACACACAGCAUGAUGAAUUACUUUCUAUCAUUAAACAACAACCAAUGUCCAAGAUAGAAAGAGAUAAAAUUUUAGAAAAAUGUACAGAAAUUCAGAACUAUAUGCAUCAAUUUGAUGAACAUUUACAAGAGAUACAAAAAGAACUAUACACUAUGGAUAUUAAAUUAGCAUCUAUUAAUAAUAAUUUAACUAAGGCAAUUUUAACAUAUAAUACAGAAAUAUUUAUGCAUCUUAGUGGUGAUAUUGGUGUGAAUUUAGAAGAGUUGAAAAUGCCAGAAAAAGGUAUAUUGCAACCUGAAAUUAUGGAAGUACUAAUUACAAAAGCUAAUUUAAUGAAUGAUUUAAAAGAAUUAUUGAAGUCACAAAUUAUUAAAAAAGAACAUUUGUUAGAAUCAAAUUCCAAUGAACUAGAGAAUCUUCAGGAGAGAAUAAAAAUUCUAGAAUAUGAAAGUAGUGAUAUUGCCAAUAAAAUUAAGGAGAAGAAAAACUUGAUGAGCAAAAUUAAAACUGAUGCUAAACACGAAGAAGCAAAACUAAAAGAACAAAUAAAAAAUCUGCAGAAUGAUAUUAAAGAAAUUCAAGAUUUAAUGCCAAAUAUUCAACAACUUGCUGCAGAGUUAAAUGAAGCAAUAGAUAAAUUGAAUGCAGUUCAGAGAAGAAAAAUGUAUAUAGAGGAAUCGGCUAAGCUAUUUUUUAAUAAGUUUUAUGAAAUUUUAGGUGAACAUAGGAAUAAACUUCACAGUAUAUUAAUAAACUCUAAUAAAUAAUAUAGUUAUGUAAUUUUUAUGUAAUUAAUAAUCUUGCAAUAUUUUAAAUCUGAUUUU